AUGGCAAAGGGUAAGGGUAAGGCAAUGACUGUUACUAUUUACAUGAAUAGUAACAGCCCUUGCAAAAGGUUUGUGGUGUUUCCACCCAUUGUCAUGACAACUACUAUUCACAUAAGAUAUGAGGAGAUGAAUUUGUAUAGAGUUUUGAUCAAACCCAAGCAACAACUCAGGCUGUUCUUGCCUUUGGGUCAGCCCAGGCUUGUGGAGCCCACCAACAGCCCUGGCAGCAUUUGUUCGCUGGAAACCCUUUUUGGGCCUAGGCCCCCCUUGCCCAGACAAAGGGUAGGCCCCCCUUGCCCGGACAAAGGGUAG